AUGAUGCAGAGCUCGACCGUCACCACGGAAGGGUCUGUCAAGGGGCUCCCGGACAUCCUCGGUGUACCGAUGCAACAGAUCCCUCAGUGUGCCGGCUGCAAUCAGCACAUCUUGGAUAAGUUCAUCCUCAAAGUCUUAGACAGGCAUUGGCACGGCUCCUGUCUUAAGUGUGCAGACUGCCAGAUGCAGCUGGCCGACAGGUGCUUCUCCAGAGCGGGGAGUGUCUACUGCAAAGAAGACUUCUUCAAGCGCUUUGGGACAAAAUGCACGGCUUGCCAACAGGGCAUUCCCCCCACCCAGGUGGUACGUAAGGCCCAAGACUUCGUUUACCACCUCCAUUGCUUUGCCUGCAUCAUCUGCAACCGUCAGCUGGCCACAGGGGACGAGUUCUACCUCAUGGAGGAUGGGCGGCUUGUGUGUAAAGAGGACUACGAGACAGCCAAGCAGAAUGAUGACUCAGAAGCUGGAGCUAAGCGGCCUCGGACCACCAUCACAGCCAAACAGCUGGAAACACUAAAGAACGCAUACAAGAAUUCCCCCAAACCAGCCCGGCACGUGAGGGAGCAGCUGUCUUCCGAGACAGGGCUGGACAUGAGGGUUGUGCAGGUCUGGUUCCAGAACCGGAGGGCCAAAGAGAAGCGGUUGAAGAAGGAUGCUGGACGUCACCGCUGGGGCCAAUUCUACAAGAGCGUCAAGAGGAACCGGGGAGGCAGUAAGCAUGAGAAAGAGAGCUCUGCGGAGGACUGUGGGGUUAGUGACAGUGAGCUGAGUUUCCGAGAAGAUCAGAUUCUCUCAGAUCUCGGCCACACCAAUAGAAUUUAUGGCAAUGUGGGGGACGUUGCAGGCGGACAGUUAAUGAAUGGGAACUUCUCCAUGGAUGGGACAGGACAAUCUUAUCAGGACUUGAGGGAUGGGAGUCCUUAUGGAAUUCCCCAGUCUCCGUCUUCUGUAUCAUCCCUGCCAUCCCACACUCCAUUACUCAAUGGCCUGGAUUACACGAUGGACAAUCAUUUGGGAAUCAUUGCACGUGGAGGGCAGGGAGUGACCCAGACACUGAGAGUGAUGGCUGGGGGGCCUACCUCGGAUAUCUCUACAGGAAGCAGUGCUGGCUACCCAGACUUCCCAACCAGUCCAGCUUCCUGGCUGGAUGAAAUGGAUCACCCUCCUUUUUAA